AAGCUCGCCAACGGGCGGCUGCGCGCCGGGGCCGCGCAGUCGGAGGAGCAGAUCCGCUCCCCGCCGCCGGCGCCGCUCGCGCACGAUGACUCCGUCAAGAUCAGCAUCGAGAACACCAACACGUGCACCGACUCGCUGGUGACCGCGCUGGACGACGAGACCCUGCUCAUCGCCGACUACCGCCUCUCCAACUCGCUCACCAACAUGAACUACAAGGAGGGCAAGGUGCACUUCGGCGGCGACGACGUCAGCCUGUACGGCACGCCCAAGGAGGAGCCGGGGCCGAACCCGCCGGGCGGGCCGCAGACCGAGAAGCAGAGCUUCCUCAAGAACCAGCUGCAGGCGCUGUUCCAGCCCACGGACAACAAGCUGGCCAUGAAGCUGUUCGGCAGCAAGAAGGCGCUCAUGAAGGAGCGCAUACGGCAGCGCGCGGCCGGCCACUGGGUCAUCCACCCGUGCUCCAGCUUCAGGUUCUACUGGGACCUGUGCAUGCUGCUGCUGCUCGUCGCCAACCUCAUCAUCCUGCCCGUCGCCAUCUCCUUCUUCAACGACGACCUCAGCACGCGCUGGAUUGCCUUCAACUGCCUCUCCGACACCAUCUUCCUCAUCGACAUCGUCGUCAACUUCAGGACGGGGAUCAUGCAGCAGGACAACGCCGAGCAGGUGAUCCUGGACCCCAAGCUCAUCGCCAAGCACUACCUGAAGACGUGGUUCUUCCUGGACCUCAUCAGCUCCAUCCCGCUCGACUACAUCUUCCUCAUAUUCAACCAGGACUUCAGCGAGAGCUUCCAGAUCCUGCAUGCGGGCCGCGCGCUGCGCAUCCUGAGGCUCGCCAAGCUGCUGAGCCUCGUGAGGCUACUGAGGCUGUCCCGGCUCGUGCGCUACGUCAGCCAGUGGGAGGAAGUCUACAUCUUGCAGAACCUCCAAAAAAAGCGCACAGAAAGGAGGGGUCGCCUCAGCUCAGAUGGCCCGGGCAAAAAGAAGUCAAAGUUCAGCAAAAGCAAUCUGGUUUUUAAGUUCCUCAACAUGGCCAGCGUGUUCAUGCGCAUCUUCAACCUGAUCUGCAUGAUGCUGCUGAUCGGCCACUGGUCGGGCUGCCUGCAGUUCCUGGUGCCGAUGCUGCAGGGCUUCCCGCCCAACUCGUGGGUGGCCAUCAACGAGCUGCAGGAGUCCUUCUGGCUGGAGCAGUACUCGUGGGCGCUGUUCAAGGCCAUGUCGCACAUGCUGUGCAUCGGCUACGGCCGCUUCCCGCCGCAGUCGCUGACGGACAUGUGGCUCACCAUGCUGUCCAUGAUCAGCGGCGCGACGUGCUACGCGCUGUUCCUGGGCCACGCGACCAACCUCAUCCAGAGCCUGGACUCCUCGCGCCGGCAGUACCGCGAGAAGGUGAAGCAGGUGGAGGAGUACAUGGCGUACCGCAAGCUGCCGCGCGAGAUGCGGCAGCGCAUCACCGAGUACUUCGAGCACCGCUACCAGGGCAAGUUCUUCGACGAGGAGGUCAUCCUGGGCGAGCUGUCCGAGAAGCUGCGCGAGGACGUCAUCAACUACAACUGUCGCUCCCUGGUGGCGUCCGUUCCUUUCUUCGCGAACGCCGACUCCAACUUCGUGUCGGACGUCGUCACGAAGCUGAGAUACGAAGUCUUCCAGCCAGGAGACAUCAUCAUCAAGGAAGGCACCAUCGGCAACAAGAUGUACUUCAUCCAGGAGGGCAUCGUGGACAUCGUGAUGGCGAACGGCGAGGUCGCCACCAGCCUCAGCGACGGCUCCUACUUCGGCGAGAUCUGCCUGCUGACGAACGCGCGCCGGGUCGCCAGCGUGCGCGCCGAGACCUACUGCAACCUGUUCUCGCUGUCCGUGGAGCACUUCAACGUGGUGCUGGACCAGUACCCGCUCAUGCGUCGCACCAUGGAGAGCGUCGCCGCCGAGAGACUGAACAAGAUCGGCAAGAACCCCAACCUGGUGUCGCACCGCGAGGAGGACAUGGGCAGCGAGGGCAAGACCAUCAACGCCGUGGUGAACGCGCUCGCCGAGCAGGCGGAGCAGGUGAACACGAGCGAGGAGUCCAUGGGCAACCAGUCGAGCGAGAAGAGCAUCAGCGAGCUGGGGCGCAACCUGCACGAGCUGGGCAAGACCUUGCACCGCCUCAACCUGCCGCGGCCCAAGUCGGAGAACAACUUCGCGGCGGCGGCGGCGGCGGCUGCGGCGGAGCAGCAGCAGGAGCUGCCCAUGGACCGCGCGUCGCGGCCCGUGUUCCACAAGUCGGACACCUUCAACAAGGACACCGCCUUCCAAUGACGAGGCCCCGGGCAGCUCCGCGACCCGACCCCUUGACCCCGGCCCCAGGGGCGCCGCCCCCGCCGCCCCCGCCGCCUCCGCCGCCUCGCCUGGUUCCUGUCAGUGUGAAGGGACGCACGCCCUCCCCCUCACCCCCAGACAAACACACACCGAGAGAGAGAGAAAUAAAUAACAAAAAAAUAAAAAA